CAGGACAAGUGUCAACAAGAUAGGGGGAGAAGAAUCAAUAGAAAACAGAAAGGAAAAGAUAUUUGGAACCAAACCAAUUAACAAAGUAAAGAGUAACUGUUGUGUUCUCAUCCGCUCACUCACUGCAAUCAAUCAAAGUGUUAAGAGUUCUAUGGCUGCAACAGUUUCACUCUCUUUUUCCUUAGAUCCACAGCACCACCAUCUCUUUUCCAACACAACCCACUUCAAGCCUCACCAAACUCCCCUUCUUCCCUUCUCUGUCCCAACCUCAACUCUUUUCCCCAAAUACCCACUUGCUAUUUUCCAUAAAUCACACCUUUCCUCUUUCAAAUCUUCCUCCUCUCCAUCUCAUUCUUCAACAACAACAACAACAACUGCUUCUGAUACAACUGCUGCUGAUACAGCUACAACUACAAGCACAAGCACAACAUCUUCGUCAUUUCUUGAAUACCCACUUAGAACAGGUCGAUUUCUGAGCAGUGAAGAGCUCGAGCAACUCAAAUUGCUUGAGAAUUUCAGGUAUUAUCAGGAAUUGGAAUCUGGGUCGAUGUGGGUUCGGGUGAUGAGGCCGGAGGAAAUGGACAUCACUGUUGGGUUGCUGGCUGAGUCGUUUGCAGAGUCGAUGCUUUUGCCUUCUGGAUAUGUCUCUGUGUUGGGCUACUUGGUCAAGCAAUACUUGUUUGAGCGGAUGGAGCUGUCGCCACACACUGCCACGCUUAUUGGGUUUUACAGAAGACGUAAAGAAGAGGGUGAAGAACAACAAGAAAAAAACACAGAAGAUGAAGAAGAAGUGGAUGAAGUUAAAUUUUUGGCGGGGACUGUGGAAGUUUGCUUUGACAAAAAGGGUGCCAACGCUUCUCCUCCUACACCCACUCCUCCCAAGAACUCGCCUUAUAUAAGCAACAUGGCGGUGAAGAAGUCGCUUAGGAGGAGGGGCAUCGGCUGGCAUCUUUUGAAGGCAAGCGAGGAACUUAUAUCUCUGAUGAGUUCCUCAAGAGAGGCGUAUUUGCAUUGCAGAAUGAUUGAUACAGCUCCAUUCAACAUGUACAAAAAAGCAGGUUACGACAUUGUAAAGACGGAUAACAUUUUGGUUAUGUUGCUGUUGCAGAGGCGCAAGCACUUAAUGUGCAAGAAACUUCCAGUCUUAACCAGCUUUUCAGAAUCAGAUACAUUCUGUUCUGAAGAGGAAUUAACAUCAUGAAUGUAUAUGCGAAAAUCAAAAUACGUGUUUAUGAGGAUAGAUGAUUAGAGAGACCUUUGAGGUUGUGAAGAUUAUCCAGCUGGGUUGAAAUUUGCCUAGAAUGCUUGAUCCUAUGUGCCAGCAACCGUUGCCUGCAUUUUGUUAUGUGUAUGGUAGAGACUUGCUUUGUUGCAGGUAAACUCAUCAGGCAUUUGCAUUUCUUGUAUAUCAUAUGUAGUCCUAGACUCCUAAUGUUAUUGCAAUUUGCAAACGUAAUGACCAGAUCAACUCCAGUUUUGAUACAUGUGAUUUAGAUAUUGGAUAUUUUUGAUCCUGAAGUUAUUAUAUAAAGAAUUAUUUUCCUAAUAAAGAAUUCUAGAAUUGUGGUAGCAUAUUAUCAACUCUGUUUUUUAACUUAUAAGUCAUAUAAAAGGUCAAAAGAUAUCAUUUAUUGCUGAAAAAUGGGGACUUCUUUUCUUCCUGUAUAUCACCAGUUGUGUUGGAAGAUUCAAACUAGAAUACACAGUCAUCAAAGAGUUUAUAUAUAUAAUUUGCUCCAAAUAAACCCCUCCCUCCCUUUCCCUGUCUGGCCUUGGUGUUUGUUGUAUCAGUAUUUGCUUUUUUUCUUAAAGAAUUCUAGCGGAAAUAGAUUAAGGAACUGUAGAGAUGUAUGAACUAUAAUAUGGCCCUUUCUGCCUUGUAAACUCAAAAGGGAAAUAUAUAUAUAUACUAAAAGUUAUGUAUUCCCGGAAUUAACAGUGUAUAAUUUAGAUUCCCUGAAUUAAAAGAAUGAUACAAGAAAAUCAACUUCAAUUUGAUCAUUUUUGGGAUGAUGUUUUUAUCUGAUAUAUUCACUCAUUGCAUUCUGUUUUUCUCAAUCCUUAUCAAGUGCUCUUCUUGGGUCUUGUUUCUAAGAUCAUAGGUCCACAAGCUUUGAAGAUUCUACAACUCUUUUAUUAGAAGAAGUAAGGGAUCUCUAUUUUGUUGUACAUAGUCUUCACCCUCCAAUUAGAACAUGGCUUUAUUAGGAGUUGUGGCCGCUCCCAAGCCUUUUGCAUUUGUAUAGAUAAUCAGCUGGAGCUCUUUAACACAUUCUGCCAUGGAGGGUCUCUCACUGCUCUCACGACGUACACAUCGUGAUGCCAGGUUUGCGAACAUAGCUAUAGAUUCCAUGGUGUAUGAACUUCGAACCAGCUCAGAAUCUAUCACCUUACGCAAUUUCUUCCGAUCAUUCAGUAUGUGCCUUACCUGAAACAUAUGAACUUGGGUCAUAUUUAUAAUGACCUAAUGUACUUAACCAGUAGAAUAAGUAGGAAGGAGAAAGGAUAUGUCCUACCUGUACCACUAGGUUUUGAUCGUUUGGUCCCAGGUUAAUGUCAACAGCUUGACGUCCGGUCAGAAGUUCAAGAAGAACCACCCCAAAUGCAUAAACAUCACUUUGUAAAGUGAGUUUUCCAGUCUGUUUCCAAAUACACUUCUUGUUAUAUGAGUGUGACAUUGUUUGGUAUUUAAUAGUAAGAUCAAAGUAUCUCGAAAAUAUUCAUUUGA